UAUUAUUAAUGUUUGAAGAUGAGGAUGAUAAUGAAAAUAAUGUUAAUUUAGAAGAGCAAAACUAUAGAGAUAGAGCUGAAGAAAGAAGAAAAGGUAUUAGAGGUGAAGUUAAGAAAGGAGAAUAUGUAGAAUUAGAAGGAUUUGAGAAAGAUAUUAAAAUAAAUGGAUUAGAUUAUUCUUUGAUAGAACAACCUUAAUCAAACACUUUAAAUAAAAUUGAAGAUAAGUCUAAUUUGAUUGCUAAAAUUAAAAAAGAUUUAACAUCUGCCAAAGAAAAAAUACCCAAAAAGGCAACACAUCCAAUGGCAAUCAAAAUAGAAGCAUUUUUAUCAAAUAAGAAUCAAAUUACUCCAUUAAAAAAUACUAUGACUUUUAUUUAUAAAUAUGACACAGAUCCAAAUUAUGGAAUCUCUUUGCCUUAAUUUUUUACAAAAAAAUAUAAUUAAGAUGGUGAUGAUCCAAUAUAAGUUAUUUUUGAUGAAAAAUCUAUAUAAAUGAUUAAAGAAAGCAUUAUCAAUACUAAUAAUUUAACUAUUAAGAGAUAUUAAGAAAGACAUAAAUUUGAUUAAAAAGUACUUAUUUAGAGCACUAUGGAAGAUGAAGAAUCAGAUGAUAUUUUUAAUGAUGCAAAGUAAGUUAAUAAACCAAAUAUUGAUGAUGUCAAUAAAAUGCUGUAGGUUGAAAUUGAAAAUAAAAAUUUCGAUAUAACAGAAUACUUAUCUAAAAAUUAGUUUGAUUAAAAAACAUACAAUUAAUUAAAACAAACAUAAGAAUAAGAAGAAAAAGAGAGAGAAGGUAAAUUAACAAAAAAUACUUAAUAGAGAAACUUAAGAAGCACAAAAAAAUGUUGGAAGGAUAAGAUGAUGAUUAUUAUUAUGAAUGUUACCAGCCUAUUGGAUUGAGCAUAGCUGAGGAAAAAGAUCAUUAAGCUGAAGUCGAAGCAAAGAAAUAAGUUGAUCCAAAUUUCAAAAAUUAUGACUUUAUUAAAAAGGAUUUAAGGAAAAAAAAGAAAUAUAGGGAAAAUUAUUAAAAAUAAUUGGAUUAAAUUGAAGACGUAAAUUUUAUUAACUAUUUAGAUUAUUUAAAAAAAGAAUAAAUGA